AUGUCUUCACUUAAGCAUUUUUCAAUGGAAUUAUUAUUAUUGAGUGAUCCACCCGGGAGAGCUGUUCCUGUCACUCCAUCUGUCAUGAUAAAACUAAUCGAAGCCUUGCGCUAUGAGACUGGGAGGCUUAUACCUUUAUGGCUGCCCACGUGUAUCAACCACACGGAUAACUGGCUUGAUAGUCAAUUGCUGCCGUUGAUCCAUCAAUAUUUGCUUCGCUCCACGCCUUCCGGAUUCCUUCUUCCAGUGGCAUAUCUUCUUCUGGGUCCGACCAAUUCAAUCUUUCUUCACCGAUCCAAUCUCCCGCUACGUGGUCGGAAAAGUAGUCUCACAUCUAGACCGGACACAUCCAAGCGAACUAAUUCCAGUGCAAUUCGUUGUACAUUAUGGAUGGAAUCAAUCCUAACUGAUCGCCCCGUGUCUGCUGAAGCGUCGUGCUUACGCGAGUCCGGUUUCUCUGGAUCUGUAGGCGCUUGUUCAAUAGAUCCGAAGUGUUUGAAAACUCCGACAGAUUUGGACGAUUAUGAAACAUGGGCGUUUGCUGGUCGUCUCAAUCCUAAACUGGCCUAUCAACGAAGUCAUCAUUCCACGAUUCCAUACUUCAGUAUGGAUAAGAUUGAACGGAGUUUGAAAAAAAAUAAUAACGCACUGUAUUUCAGCCUCAAUUCAGAGCGAUAUGCUGAACAUCUUGCUCAAAGCACGUGUUCGGAAAUUUUAACCAGCGCGAAAAUCGAUCCUCCGUUCAUCAAUGUGUUUGUUUGGCUUUUGGACUCGUUCCAGACUUCCGCGGGUCACGUGCUGUGGAUUUGCGAGGAUGUGGACUCAUGUGGAGUUAUGGCCGCCCAACGUAUGCAAGCUAUUCAACACGCAGCCUGUUUGUUGAAGCUUGGUCAACCUGUGAUUGGCCGUUUGGACGGAAGUGACCGCGACAAGUUGACAUUCUCCAGCCUAUGCAAAUACACAGAGGGUGUGGUUGUCCUAGACUGUGCAGCCCUGACUACAUCAUCGGUGGAACUGAUUCAUGAAGCCAAACUACAUUUACUUAAUUUGAACUCGAUCUUGGUCGAAUUGGCAAGACAAGACACUCCACCGAAAGUGUACCUUCCACAUUGGGUUGUGAUUCUACGAAAGGAAAAUCCUCUACUGAGUCAACUCCAAAACAAUCUCACGUGGUAUUGCAAGAUACAUGAUCGUUGUAUUCAGGACGAGGCUGCGAUUCACCCGGAUUCGUAUUUUGUGAAUGUGAAUGUUGAAGCAACUCUUCUCGACUACGUGCAACAUUGUGACAUGGAUCAUGCACUCCAGUUGGGCCUGGUUCACUUCUUUGUCCGUGUCCAUAUGAGUUGUUGUCAAUCGAUCGGUGCAACUUCAUUAUGGAAUCGAUGCUUGAUCGGUGCAGACAAGUUAAUCGCCUUGCGAUCCGCAAUCCAGAUAUGGUACACGUUGCAAGCUCGAACAAAUCCGCGUAUUGCGUUGGACAGAAAACUUCUGAGUGGAGCAUGUCAAUCCUUGACCGCAUUACAACUGGCCAUACCGGCUUGGGAACAUCGUCUUCAGGCAGCAGAACGUUUACGAUAUAUUCAGGCAAACAAGUGGAUCGAUCAAGCCAAACGAAACAGAGAGGAGGCGGAAGCCAUUCUGAAACGUAGUGAACACGCGUUCGAAUCGGCUCGCAGACACGUGAAACAAAUGAAAAUUCCGUUAGAACAAGCUGUGUUCGCAUCACAGAAACAAGUGCAACAGGCAUGGGAAACAUACAGAGCUGCGCUGGAGGAACUUUAUGCGCUGCCCGCAGAAAUACUGGCCGAAAUCCGAUCGUAUCCAUCACCUCCGGAACCGGUAAAAUCGUGUGUCUACACGGUGUGCAUGAUGUUCAAUGAGGAGGAAACCCUUGCAAUGUCAGAUGAUGAUGAUGAUGAUGAUGAUGAUGAUGACGAUGAUGAUGAUGAUGAUGACGAUGAUGAUGAUGAUGAUGAUGAUGAUGACGAUGAUGAUGAUUCAUUCCGAAUUGGCAGUUUCAUUCUGGUUUAUCCAUCCCACCCCACCCCCACUCCUCCCAAUCCCGACCGUGCCACUUAUUUCUCAUGCAGUUGGAAGAGUGCAAAGAAAAUGAUGGCCCCUGUACGGUUUUUGAGCAAAAUGCUUCAGUUUCACGAACAAACAUUGUCCCCGUUCCACUAUGCAGCACUGAAAGAUCGACUGGCACACCCCCAUCUGCAAUUGGAGACUUUAGAAUCGGUAAGUGGUCUACUGGUUUAG